GUGGUCGCCGGUCGCCGCCGCCCCGCGCCCCCCGCGCCCCGGCUCUCGGGCUCCGGGGGCAGGAGCCGAGGGGAACCCCGCGCCGGCGCCGAGCCUAAAAUGGCCACGCUGCUCCGCAAAAUCGGGCUCAUCCGCCUGCACAACCGGGACACCGAGGACCCCAAGCAUCACCACAACCACCGCGGCGGCGGCGGCGGCGGCCAGCAGAGCGCGUCGCUGCGCGGCAAAGGCGGCGCCAAGAGCGGCGGCCACAAGCCGCAGCAGCAGCAUCCCGCCGGGGGCGCGGGCGACGCCAGCCCCGGACCCGGCAAGGGCAAGGGCAAGCGCGCGGCGGAGCCGGCCCCGCGCGACAAGCCGCCGCAGCCGGCGGCGGGGGCGGCGAGCGGCGGGGGCCCCCGGGAGCGCGCGGCGGGCGCCAGGGCGGGGCCGGGCCCGGCGGUGGCGGCGGCGGCGGCGGCGGCGGCGGCGGGCGGCAGCCUGGUGCCCGCGGCGCGCCAGCAGCACUGCACGCAGGUGCGCAGCCGGCGGCUCAUGAAGGAGCUGCAGGACAUCGCGCGCCUCAGCGACCGCUUCAUCUCCGUGGAGCUGGUGGACGAGAGCCUCUUCGACUGGAACGUGAAGCUGCACCAGGUGGACAAGGACUCGGUGCUGUGGCAGGACAUGAAGGAGACCAACACCGAGUUCAUCCUGCUCAACCUCACCUUCCCCGACAACUUCCCCUUCUCGCCGCCCUUCAUGCGGGUGCUCAGCCCGCGCCUGGAGAACGGCUACGUGCUGGACGGCGGCGCCAUCUGCAUGGAGCUGCUCACGCCGCGCGGCUGGUCCAGCGCCUACACCGUGGAGGCCGUCAUGCGCCAGUUCGCCGCCAGCCUGGUCAAGGGCCAGGGGCGGAUCUGUAGAAAAGCGGGCAAAUCCAAAAAGUCCUUCAGUCGCAAGGAAGCCGAAGCUACCUUUAAGAGUUUGGUGAAGACUCAUGAAAAGUACGGCUGGGUCACCCCGCCCGUCUCUGAUGGCUGAUGUUCGCAACGGGCGUUAGACGCUUAAGCCGUCUCUGCGCACACACACAGA